CGUUUUUCUUUCCUUUAAAACCAAAAGACUUUAAAACCGAGACCGAUAUUCCAGUAUUCCUUGGAGACCAAGGAACAGAGGAAGACCGGCUCUGAUACAAAAAUGUAACACCCUAACCCGACCGGGUACUACUUUUACUAAAAUGCCCUUGAUAAAUAAAAUACUCAAAUCUUAAAUUGCAGCGGGAAAAUUUUUCAUAAAUAAAAUACUGAAAACACACACUUGUAGUUCAAAGCAACGCCCUAACACAUGGGCAAACUCAAUAAUUAAAAUCUCAAAAUGAUCUCUAGUCUAUACUCAUAAUCAUGAAUGUAAAUAAUUAAUGAUCUCUAAUGUUGUUGUUACUGAAAACCUUUUCUAAGAAUCCUCCGUGACGGUUAUACUGCUCUCCUCCAGCUGGCUGCCCUUGAAUUCGCUGCUCAAUAACUGCUCCUCUAGCUCCUCCUCUAGCUCUUUAAACUGGUGAGUGAGAUGGGGUCAGUCUACUCCCUUACGUUUAUCAUCUUAUUAAUACUAGAUCACUUUACUUAACUUAGUGGAAGUUGUUUUGUACAUUCACUAUUAAAAAUCUUAACUCUUAAAACUGCAUUCUUAAAGCUCAAAUCUCCACUUAAAUUCUUGGCUGACACGGGGAUCCCUCACUAGCUAGUCCGGUUGCCAACUCAUACGUAUGAGAAGCCAUCCAGGCUUUCCUUAAACAUAAACUUAUCGUGGAAGGCUCUUCUUCCUCGAUUCUCAAGAGCAUAACUGUUGCUCAUCUUAAAAGUCUCAAGAGCAUAACUGCUGCUCUAUCUCAAAAUCUCAAAUGGCAACGGACUGACGCUAGUGACUAAAAACACUUAAAACGACUUCACCUUCUUGAAGGUGAGUUACUUCUUAAAAAGAACUUGUUUCUUAAACUUUAAGAAUAACUCAAACAUAACGCUUUAAGGUAAAUAGCACAAAAUCACUUCAUAUCACCUCAAAUAGCACUAAACCACCUCAAAUCAUAGCUCAAGCAAAGCACAAAUAAUCAAUCAUAAACAUAACCAAGCAACGGUAACCAAUUCGCUAAAAUACUUAAAAUCAUAAUACUUAAAAGAAUACGUAAGGCGUAGAAUUUACCGCCUUUACACUCACCUUAUUCUCCGUUGUUGCUUCUCGUAGUAAUUCGAUAUUUUCUUAUGAUAUUAAAUUCCCUCUUCCUUCUCCACGUAUGACCAGCUCCACGCAUAAAAGUUCAAGUUAGUGGUGAAAUUCUUGAACUACAUGUGGCUAAACCAUGCACCACUCUACUUCACUACUAAUUUCACGUGUCCCUGAUUCCAUGUGCACUAAUCAAUAAACUUCAUCACCAAACCCAACCUCAAAGUCUACCCACCAAACCAUAUAUAUACACACGUCUUCCAUGGUGCCUUCAAUUUCCAAGCCCUGCUCUUUAAUUUAGCUAGCGUUAAUUCAUGUUACUAUCAAGACUAAUGUAUAUACCUAUAACCCAUGCACAAAACGUAGCCACCAUAGCAUAACCCGCUGUCCUGCCACUCCACUUUAUCAGUCCAUGUUGUUACAUGCAUUCCAUUGUCCCCAACCGAAUAAUUCAACUAUGCAUGCACAUAGCCUAACCGCUUCAAAUACGGGAUCCCUAGGAUCAACAAAUGGCUCUUUUUCUUCUUCUAAUUCCCUGGGCAUGAUUUGACCUCAAUCGCACCAAAUUUAUACACGCAGACAUAGGAGUAUGAAAUUCCCCAUUCAUGAAUCCCAAUUCCUAUGAGCCAGACCCAACUUAAUCCACUUCAACAUCAUCAAUAAUCGAGAGAUAUAGGCCACGAUCGAUUACCUUUAUACCAAUUGCUUUUGCCCUUGUUACACUGCUACUCCUCCGUAGUCUCUCGGACGCCCUCGCUCCUAUUUCUUUCUCAAAAGCUGCCGCUACCAAUAACUCCGUCUCCAUCUUCAAUCAAUCGCAGCGAGCAACAUAGUCUCCCAGCGUUCAGCCGGCACCAACGUCCUCUCUAUAUCCGCUCACACCCUUAGAGUCUCAACGCCAUGGCAAGCUUCUUUCGUUCUUUCUGAUUCCUUUCACGUGAACGCCAACUCCCUUGAGCGGUGGAAGAGAUAAAUGCCCCACCCUUCAAGUUUAAUUGAUCUAUUCCCUUUUGGUUCCCCAUUGGAGAAAAACGCUCAACCGUUUGAUAGUUAAUGGACUCCAUUUCCAUCACUUAUUUCAAAUAUGAUUCACUCCCAAAUCAACCCCUCUUAAUUCCCUUCCAUUCCGUUACUCCCUUCUAAACCCCUCUCAAUUUCUCACGUCAAUUUCCAUGGGCUAAGCCCUCUCCUUUUCUUUAUCCCCAAACGUGGCCCACAAUUGAAAUCCAUCAAGCCAUACAUGUAUAAUUUAGGCCUUGGUCCGUAACCCGGUUUGGUUCGGUUUGAUUUGAUUUUUUUGUACGUAACAUACAAUCCAACCAUUCACUUAUUAUGGUCGAACCUAAACCAAAAAGUCGGGAUGUUAUAGCCCGAUUGGGCCUCAUUGGCGGUUGGACUCGGCCAUGUUCAACCUGUUUAGGUGUCGAGCUGCGAUGUCUGGGGUGCUUUGUCUCCCCCAGUGGCGCCAGCUCCUGACGGUGGAUUAGCAGAUCUACCAUGAGAUCUGCAUGUAGUUCUACUCCCCCUUCUCCCACGGCGUCCCGCCCAGCAAGAAGAGCCGACCGCACGUGGAGUUCAUGCUUGGAGGUCAGCCACGAGUGAUGACCUACGAUGCCUUUGCUCAGGCCAUGGGGCUCGACCCCGCCCACAUGACGAUGACGGAGCGGCAGUACAUAGUGGAUUUCAACUAUCAGGGAGCAUUCCGAGCCGUCUGCCGCCCCGAGCACGAGCAAGACGAGUUUGAGGGGAGCUGCACCAAUGCGGUGAAGUUGAGGACCCCUUGGAGGAUCCUCCACAUUCUGCUCACCCGCUCGGUCGUCCCCAGCCUGCAGUCAGGCCAUCUGAUGGCGAACAUUGGGCUAAUUGCUCUAUACUCCAUGAGGAGUCCAGUGGAUCCGAUCCAUCUGGGAUCUCUGAUCGCCACUUCUUUCGCCCAGUUUCUGGGGCGGAAUAAAGUGGACACCAUGCACAUGGGGGGCCUCAUUACGAGGAUGGCCUGACACUUCCACAUGGAUCUGGCUUGGUGGACCAACGUCGGGAGGAUGGAGCCCUUCCCAGUGGCGACCCUUACAACCAGAAGCUGGUACUCCAAAGAGAGCGAGGAGUGGAGUACCUCGAGGGACUCCGACCAUUAGGAGUCAUCAGAGUAGAAGUCGACCCGGCUCCAGUGGAGCCUGAUCCAGAGGUUCCACCAGCAAAGCAACCACCUGCACGAGCACUCGGUUGCCGCCGGCGUCCCGCGCUCUAGUGCCCAGACCAGCCACCACCACCACCACCACCAGAAGGUGAUCCCCUCGUCCAAAGGGUGGAUCGCCUAGAGACGAGCUGCAUGGGAUCCUGAUCCAGAGGUCCCACCAGCAAAGCAGCCACCUGCACGAGCACCUGGUUGCCGCCGGCGUCCCGCGCUCUAGCACCCAACCCAGCCACCACCACCACCAGCAGAAGGUGAUCCCCUCGUCCAAAGGGUGGAUCGCCUAGAAACGAGCUUCGUGGGAGUGACUUCCCACCUCGAUCGGCAGACCAACCUCCUCGAGCUGAUGCCACGACGUCAGGGCCUUCUUCCAAGUGAGAGGGAGGGUCCACCCACCCGCGAGAGGUAGCCUACAAGUGAGCCAUAUGACAGGGCCGAUUUCUUUCGUCCCACUUAUCCACUUGUAACUCUGAACUUGUUUUUGUUAUUUUUCUUUCUUUUGUGUGAGUGUGAUUGAUGCUUGGAGCGUUGAUGUAUGCUCAAAUUUGAAAAUUUUGAGGGCUCAAAGCAAUGUUUGCAUGAUCAAAGCGGCCGGUUCAUGUGAAAAUCUCAUGUUUAUUGGCAUUGAUCUUGAUUUGUUGCAUGUGAUCGAGUAUAUCCUAUGAUGAUGACUGAGAGGUCCAUUAGGAUAGUGCAAAAGUUUAGUUCCCAUGUGUGCAUAAAACUAAUGGAUAUCUUGACUCGAUUACUUGUGACCACAAUUUGCCAUGCACUUUGUUUUGUGAAUUGGAAUAGAUGGUUGGGUGACUAGGUAGUCAUGUGAGUUUUGAGUCAAACAUUUUCUUCUUGUUUGCUUAGAUCCCUCUUACCAUGGCGAGUAACAUCACAGUUGUCGCUAGUGAGUAUGAUGGAGUCAUAGGAUUAGUCCACGCCUAAAUGUUGAUUGUCCCGAAAUGUGAUCCACUAGUCAACCCCUUUGAGCCUUGUGACUUCGAGGGUCGUUCUUAAAGUAGGAGCUUCGUGCUUGUGAGCUUAAUGGUGUUGAUAGAACGACCCCCAAUCCUUUCUUCCUGUCUAAACAUGAGUCGUCCUUGUGUCCUGGAGCUCUCACUUUUGAGUUUCCAUGGUUUAUAGGGUUUAGGACCUUUUUGGUGCAAAGAAUGUGCACAAUUAUCAACACUCGGCCCUUAAAAAAAGAAAAGAAAAGAAAAGAGAAAAAAAAAGUAGGAAGAAAAAGAAACGAAAAAGAGGUAAUAAAACGGGGUAAAUAAA